AUGACAAACCUCGUUCCCUCCGCAUGGAAAAUCAUUCCUCAGUUCGACUCCACAUGUAUCAGAGAAACAGUUAAAUUCUAUACCGAAGAGCUCCACUUCACACUGGGCGGUCUGUACCCAGAUGACGACCCAAACGACGAACCGCACUUUUGCUCUAUCUUCAUUGGCAAAAAGGCCGAAGCAAACAUAUACUUCUUUGAAUGCAAAAAGGAGAACUUUCACCCCUCCGCCGCGAUGAUCGCCCUGGGCACCAUUGAACUGGACGAGUUUUACGACUUGUUGAUGGCUAAAGGAACAGUGAGGGUCAAGGAGCCAAUUGCGGACAAGGAAUGGGGGUAUAGGCAAUUUUCCAUCUUGGAUAUUCAUGGGAAUGAGCUUACUUUCUUCAAAUUUUUGGAGGGAGGAAACCCAGGAGAAGAGUGA